GACAUCCCUCUCCCCGCUCCGCUUCUGUCACUCGGAACCGGAAUCCAAGCCGCUAUCUCCGCGUCCGGCCGCCUGCCAGCCUGUGCCGUCCCACAGGUGUCCGCACGUCCGGCCGUCCAUCCGUCCGUCCCUCCUGGGGCCGGCGCUGACCAUGCCCAGCGGCUGCCGCUGCCUACAUCUCGUGUGCCUGUUGUGCAUCCUGGGGGCACCCGUUCUGCCUGCUCGAGCCAAUGACUGCAGCUCCUACUGUGACCUGGCCCACGGCUGCUGUGCGCCUGACGGCUCCUGCAGGUGUGACCCAGGCUGGGAGGGGCUGCACUGUGAGCGCUGUGUGAGGAUGCCUGGCUGCCAGCACGGUACCUGCCACCAGCCCUGGCAGUGCAUCUGUCACAGUGGCUGGGCGGGCAAAUUCUGUGACAAAGACGAGCACAUCUGUACCACGCAGUCCCCCUGCUGGAACGGAGGCCAGUGCAUAUAUGACGGAGGUGGCGAGUACCACUGUGAGUGCCCACCAGGCUUCCACGGGCGUGACUGUGAGCGCAAGGCUGGACCCUGUGAGCAAGCAGGCUCCCCAUGCCGGAAUGGUGGGCAGUGCCAGGACGACCAGGGCUAUGCCCUCAACUUCACGUGCCGCUGCUUGGUGGGCUUUGUGGGUGCCCGCUGUGAGGUGAACGUAGACGACUGUCUGAUGCGGCCCUGCGCUAACGGCGCCACCUGCCUGGAUGGCAUAAACCGCUUCUCCUGCCUUUGCCCUGAGGGCUUUGCUGGACGCUUCUGCACCAUCAACCUGGAUGACUGUGCCAGCCGCCCAUGCCAGAGAGGGGCCCGCUGUCGGGACCGUGUCCAUGACUUCGACUGUCUCUGCCCCAGUGGCUACGGUGGCAAGACUUGUGAGCUAGUGUUACCUGUCCCGGACCCCGCCACCACACAAGACAGCCCCCGGGGGCCCACCUUGGCUGCGGUGGUACCUGCCACGGGGCCUGUCCCCCACAGUGUGGGGGCUGGCCUGCUGCGCAUCUCAGUGAAAGAGGUGGUGCGGAGGCAGGAGGCUGGGCUGGGUGAGUCUAGCCUGGUGGCCGUGGUGGUAUUUGGGGCCCUCACUGCUGCCCUGGUCCUGUCCACAGGGUUGCUGACCCUGAGGGCCUGGCGCCGGGGUGUCUGCCCCCCUGGACCCUGUUGCUACCCAGCCCCACACUAUGCCCCAGCCCGCCAGGACCAGGAGUGUCAGGUCAGCAUGCUGCCAGCAGGGCUGCCCCCGCCGCCUGACCUGCCCUCUGAGCCUGGCAAGACCACAGCACUGUGAUGCGGGGGGGCUUUCCGGCCCCCUCCUUCACCUCCACCCCUCAGACUGGAGUGGUCCUUUCUUGCCACCCCUUAGCUAGGGUACACACACUGAGGGACCUCAGCCUCACACCAGAAAUAUUAUUUUUUUAAUACCUAGAAUGUAAGAUGGGAAUUUUAUCAAAUAAAAUUAUAAAAGUGCAAA